UUUUUAUUAAAAAUACUUCCGAGUAUUAUCAACGCGCGCGGAUUUUUUUUGUCACGUCCUGAAACUUUUGUGUUUUAUUUAAAACUUUAUUUUAUUUUAUUACAAAGUGGACAAAUAUAUUAUAAAUAGACUUGUGUAUUUUAUUUAGACAUUCUCUCAUGAAAAACUUUGGUGACAGAGCAGUGAAUUUUCAAAUUUGGAAAAUAAACACAAGUGCGCCCCGCGUUCUAUUUUCCGUGCAAACUCGGGUCAAUUCGGUUGCGAAAAGUGGCGGUGUUCGGACAUCUCCGGCGGCGAUCGCCGCGAGGAGGGCGUCCAACCAACCCCGCCCGCGAGCAACAGAGACGGCGCGCAGUGCUGACAUGGCGACAACACCAAUGGAUUAAUGUUUUUCACGUGGAAAACUCAUCCCUUGAACAUAUUCAUGUCAAGAACCCUGCGCCCAUCACCCAAAAUGCACUAACAGUAUGAAACAAGUUGAAAAUGACUUUUAAAAAGUAAACAUUAUCUAUUGUUGACGUUUUAUUGUAUUGUUCAUGGAACAAGAGAGAAUACUUAUGUAUACACUGAUAAAUUGUUGGUAUAUUAGCUUUUAAACCUGGACUGGUUAAUUCAUAUCUUCCAAAGAGGAAAUAAUACGUAAUAAAAAUGGCGACGCAAAGAUUCUGUUUGAGGUGGAACAACCACCAGUCGAAUAUGUUGUCUGUAUUCGACCAAUUACUACAUGCGGAAACGUUCACGGAUGUCACUUUGGCUGUCGAUGGCCAACUGCUAAAAGCACAUAAAAUGGUUUUAUCGGCUUGCAGUCCUUAUUUCCAAGCUCUUUUCGUCAAUCACCAAGAAAAACAUCCUAUUGUUAUACUGAAGGAUGUGCCCUACGCAGAUAUGAAAAGUUUAUUAGAUUUUAUGUACAGAGGAGAAGUGAGCGUAGAUCAAGAGCGGUUAACAGCGUUUUUAAAAGUAGCCGAAAGUUUAAGGAUAAAGGGACUGACUGAGGUGAACGAGGAGAAGUGUGACAUCCCAGCUCUUACGAACUCCUUAAUUCAACAGCAGUCUGGUGCGACACACACGCCGCCUCCACAGCUGCACAGAAUACAUCCGUACAUGCAUCAAAAGCGGCCUGCUGCUGGUAUGCCCAGCGGUGGAGCACCUCCAAAUCUACUAAUGCCUCUAUUGGGCAAUGCAUUAAUGCAACCGAAAAGAAAACGAGGUCGGCCGAGAAAAUUAAGCGGAAGUUCUAGUGACGCAUUAAACACGGCGGCCAGUCCCCCCGGUGAAUUCAUUCCGGAGACGGCAUCCCACGCUCCAUCGAAUAGGGCGGGUGAUCAAUUGAUUCGUGGCUCUCCUGAAAUGCUGGAAGUUAAAAUGUCGAUGGACGGCUUUAGCGCUGAAGAUGGUGCAACAUCCGGUGGCGAGGAUGCUGGCGAAGCUCUAUUAAUAGACGAAGGUGAUGAUGCUCAGACAGAAGCUCCUACUGGAAAAGACUCCGAAUCUGCAGAUCCCGAUAAAGUGCCUAAAGAGGAAUCACAUCAAAACUAUCCAACAAACGGGCCCGUUUUAUCUAUAGAAAAUGGAUCAAUUAAACAAGAGCCUGCUGCUGAUGCUACCGAUGGCUACAACGAGCCUGUCGAGUACAAAUAUAAUCCGGAUAGAAGUCGCGAAAACUCUAAUUCGCGAGACGGUUCUAUAAAAGAUGCAGACGAUAAAAGCAGACUAGGUCGUAACUUAAAGCCAAAGAAUAAUAAAAAACUACUACCCCAAAUGUCUAAAAUUAGAGCACGAAACUUAUUCAAUCAGCUCUCUGGUCUAUCUAACUUGAAUCCCGCACUCAACACUUUUGACAAGUAUCCGCCUGAAGCUGUACUCAUGCCCGCUCUUGCCACGCAGUUGUUCGCUGCUGAACUAGAACAAAAUAAUCUUAAUUUGGCUAACAACGACGUUUCUGAUUUAGCGCAAACUAAUUGGGAACAUCGCAUAUUUACAUCGCCUAUUAGAAAAAAUAACAUUGGUAACGUAGCCAAUUAUCACGAGGAAACGAACGAAUCUGUAAGGGAUUUUUGCAUUAAAGAGGGGGAAAAUGUGUUCAGAUGUAAAAUUUGCGCACGAGUGUAUACCCAUAUCAGCAAUUUCUGUCGACACUACGUCACUUCUCAUAAGAAGGACGUUAAAGUUUUUCCGUGUCCAAUUUGUUUCAAAGAAUUCACUCGGAAAGAUAAUAUGAUUGCGCAUCUAAAAAUUAUUCACAAAAAUCAACCUAAUGCUAACGAGCAAAUGGCCAAACAGGAGUCUUAAUUUAUAUAGUACUCGAUUUAUGAGCGAAGUAAUAAAGAUCUGAUUAUAGUUAAAGGUAGGGUGUAAUAAGUAUGUCCAUCCUAAAUGAAAAGCCGACUACAUAGUUAUUGGUAACCUUUGGUUGCGAUUGAAUAGGCAUUCGAGCUCUUGGUUUCACGAGUAUAUCAAUAAGUUCGUUGAUAUUUUAAAUGAUAUCGUUUGUUGUUAUAUUUAUUUAUUUAUUUAUGUUGUUCCAUUAUUUUCUCAAGAGUGCUGAUUACAAAGAGAUUUAUAAAUUUUUCUAUAAUUUACUUGUUAUUUUGCACUUACUUGUUACUUAAUUUUAUUACUUACAAAAUUUUCAGGGUACAAAGUAACUACUCAUGGUGAUCGUUAAAUCAAAGUAGUCUUAUUCGAUUACUUUAUGUGCUGAUUAUUGCAUACAAUUCUCAUUGAACUGAAUUAGUUAGUAAUAAGUUUAGUAGAUAUAUUUUAUGAGUAUGACAAUGGCGUGGUCUUUUUGUAAAACGAGUAGUAAAGUAGUUGUACUAACUGCAGACGACUUAUUAGAUUUUCAAAUGAGGCUAAACUCUUUGCAAAAAGACAAGAUUUCGGUACGCCAUUGUGUAGUGGAGUAAAAUGCAUUUUCAUUAACUUGCCUUAUUAGUGAUCUUAGUUGUAAAUGAUGAUUUGACUUCUUCGAAGUAAAACUCAACACAGGCUAUGAUUUUAUUUUCUAGAACUUGUUAAGGUUAAUUUAAAAUAUUUUAUCAAUGUUGGAAUAUUUGUUUGUAAAUGUUAUGCUAUUCAAAUACGUGUUUUAAACUACCUACAUCAUAAUAUAGAGAAAUUAUAUAAAUAGAAUUGUUAAAAUCUCAUUAACAGCGAAAAGCGUAGUAAUAAUUAUCAGUUCCUGAUCAUUGAUGAAAGCCCCAACACGUUGUGACAGUUGUCAGGUAGAUAUUUUAGUAAAUAAAAGUUUUCAAUUCCUAUCUUAUAAUAUAAAUAGAUGCAUAUUUCUUUAGCAUAUAAUAAAAAAAAUAUUUAUGUAGAAAAAUAACUGUUAUGACAAUCUGUCAAAGACAAUAUAACAAUUUAUACAUUGUAGACCAUAAUAAAAUAUAUAGAAGAAAAGUUUAAUAUACAUAUUCGUGGAUUUAUAUUAUUACUACGGUCGUAUGACUAGAUAAGAUAAUUUUGGAGGUGUUAUAAUAACAUUAAAUUGAAAUUUAAGGCAUAAAUCAAGUCUCCGUUAACUUAAAUUAGUGCUAUAGUUGGUUCAGUGGGUGCUAAGUAUGUUCCAAUUAUAAUGAGCUUUAAAUUAAGAUACAUAUAUUUACAUAAAGCUGCAUCAUGCCAAUAGAGCGAAUAGCACACGGUCGUGAUUUAAAAUCACCACUUGCAAGUAUUUUCCAAGAGAGCAGAACCUAAGGUUUUCAAGAAAUUAUUGUACUCCAAAUAUAACGUACGAGUAUAACUUUAUGUUAAUUAUUCAUAAUUCGGGUGAAUCUGAUGAUGCUAAGAAGCGUCAGGUAUAGGUACACUUAUCAUUAAUUUUAUUAUAACACAACCAUAUUUUCUUUAUCUUCACCUACCUUAUUUAUUUACAUAUUUUAGAAGAUCAUGUAUAUAUUGUGAACAUGUAAGAAAUGUUAUUAAUGUUGACAGUUUUGUAAAUAAUUCAAAUGAGGCAACAAAGCGUUGUUGUCAGAGUGAUCUUAGCAAGGUGCUUUGAAAGAUGUUAUAUUGAUAACUGGAAUCAUGAGAUGAUUUGUAAAUUCUAUUUUAGUAGAAAUCAAAAUGCCUUAAUUAUUAAAUAAGGGACGAUACUUAUAAAUUAUUUAGUUAAAUUUAGAGGCAAAAGUAGUCUUCCAUUUAUUAUUGAUAGCGUCACGUUUUCUUUCAAUUUCUGUGACAAUUUACGAAUGUUCACCUAAUGUAAGUAUCUAAACUGUUGCAAACUAUAAAAUAAUUUGUAGAGUACAUUACGUUGUAAUCCUUCAAUCAAAACUCUCCAAUACAUUGAAAUGUAGGUCCAGGGAACGCUUGCCUAUUAGUGUGCCUUUACUUGUAUUAAUAAGUUAAAUAUAUAUCGACUACUAGCAAAUUAAGAACUUCAAAGAUUGUUAUGUAUUGUUUAUUUUCAUUAUUCGGAGUUUACAUCUACUUUAAGAUGCUUCCUUAGGAGUUUAGAUACCUUUUAGGCCGAAGUAGUUAAAUAAAAUUUGUAAUUUAUAAUAAGAAUAUCAUCUCAUGGUUUCCCAUUACAUUUGAUAAAUGAUAAAAUAAAUGACGCAGCUAUGAAAUUUAUAUGACGUGACAUGCGUUCGAGGCGAUUAAGUCUUGAUAAUUCAUAUUAAGACUGUUAAAAUUCAUAAAAUAAACGAAUUUAUUGUACCUACCUUUCAUAAUAUUUAUAUGAAAUUUACCUUUGAAAUUGAUAGGUACUUAAAUGGAAAAAUUAGACUUAAUUAAGGUGAGGCUAUUAUUGAAAGAUUAAAAUCUCUUAAUUGUAUAAUAUAAUAGUCAAUUUAGCCAGUGCCUAAGCUAAUGCGUACGAAUAAUAUUCUUAUAUUACCUAAGUUUCUUCAAUAGUCUUCUACUUAACUAUUUUCUUGCUUCAAUAAAGUUUUUCCUAAACAAAAUAUAAACAACUGAAAGUCAUUCAAAAUUAUAUUUUAUUAUAUCAAUCCAAAUAUUAUUUAUUAAAAUGUUAUAUCAUCAAUUGGUGCUAAAUUAUACUUAAGAAAUGUCACAUUUGAUGUGGCAUUAAGUGGAUUGUCUCUGAACAAACUUGUUAUAUUAUUUGUUAAUAGUGUUUUGUUACAAUUUAUAUAUCUAUCAAUGAAUGAAUGUCUCUAUAGCAUCAUUGUAACGAUCGUAAAUGAAGUAUAAAUUUUGAUAUGAGGAAGAUACGGAUAUACGAAUAAAUAUAUAUAU